AUGGGGCAUUCUCUUGGAGGAGGAGUGAGUAUUUCAUUUGCAAGUCAGGAAUGUGGGAAAUGGGAAGAAACACAAGAAAUUGAGAUGAAAGAGGAUUUUGAAAGGAAAGAAGAAAAGAAAGAAGAAGAAAAAAAGGAAAAAAAGAUAGGGGGAAUGAUUAUUAUCUCAACAUUCACAAGCAUUUGUGGAGUGGUAAGUAAAUAUGCAGGAAUGGUAAUGACUGAUAUGUUUGAAAACAUACCAAAAUUGAAACAUAUUAAUAUUCCAGUUGAAGUAAUUCAUGGACAAGAAGAUGAGUUGAUAGGAGUUGAUGAGUCAGUAGAAAUCUACAACUCAAUUCCAGAGGAGAUGAGGUAUGGAUAUGAUAUAAUCAAUGGAUGUAAACAUAAUGACAUUCUUGAAAAUGAUGAAUUAAUUAAAGUAAUCAAAAGAUUUCUAGAAAAACUUUGA